AUGUCUACUUCCUGGAGCUAUCGACCACCAUGGUCACUCCUCCUUCAAGCCAAAGCAUUCCGUACCGCCGCCUCGCUAGGAAUCGGAACGCAGAAUUAUCUCUCUUCCAAUGGGUCAUUUGAAAGUACAGUAGAGUGGAUAGAUAGUAUUUUGGGAAUCAAGCAGGCUAAGGAUGCAAUACGACUAGAUAUAUACAACAAAUCCUCUUCUACUUCUACUAAUUCGUCGACUGACCGGUCUAAUAGCAGUGCAUGCGAAGGGGCAAGCGAUUUACGACCCGGUCUAAUCAUAUUUCACGGAGGUGGAUUCGUGAUAGGAUCAGGAUCAGACGAUAUCAUAUUCGCUCAACAAUCAAUCGACCAACUGGGUGCAGUGGCUAUAGGCGUAUCCUAUCGACUUGCUCCGGAGCACCCGUUCCCCAUCCCUGUGGAAGAUUGCGUUUCAGCCAUCAUACAUAUAUACAACCACGCCCAGAAAUAUGGGAUAGAUAAGGAUAAAUUGAUAGUUGCUGGAUUUUCAGCAGGUGGGAAUUUAGCGUUAUCUUCUCAACAUAUCCUCAAUACCUUCUCCCCUAAUACCGCAACUGACACCACCACGCCAGCAGAAGAUGGAUAUGCUAUUCCUGAUGGGAUGGAAAUACCCAAGAUUAAAGGACUGAUCUUAAUAUAUCCUUCAUUAAACUGGACAAUCUCAAGAGAAGAGAAAACUCAUAAUUUGCCUGAUCCAAAUCACGCUUUGCCGCAGUCCAUGACUAGACUAUUCGACUUAUCUUAUUUCCCCAAAGAAUUAGGAUAUGAUAGAGCAGAUUAUAGGUUAUCUCCUGGUAUAGCUCCUGAUGAACUUAUAGAGAAAUUACCACCGGUGUGUAUGACGGUGUGCGAAUAUGAUAUGCUCAGAGCGGAAGGAAUGGAUCUCGUAGAUAGGUUGCAGAAGAUGGGGAAGGAUGUAGAUUGGAAUGAGAUCAAGGGAGAAAAACAUGGUUGGGAUAAACCGCCGCCUUUGUAUCCUAAGGACAGUGUAGGAAGGGAAUAUAAGAGGAUUUUUGAAGUGGCUAAGAAGUGGUCGGAAUAG